CAGAGAGAAGACCAGGGGGGCACGAAGCUGUUUCGUUAUAUUAUUUUUGGAUUAAUUUAAAUUUACCUGCUCCUCUCCUUCCAUUUUUUCCCCUCAAAAUCUUGUUUAUGGUUCAAUUAUCUGCGGCAUUAAUUCUUCGUUCUUCCCCACUUUUUAGUUUUUAUUAAUCGCCAAUCCCCUUCCUCGAUCCGCCGUUCUCCGAUUCCUGUUUUGUGCAGUUUUCCAGUUCCUUUUAUUCGGAUUCCAGCUCGCUUUUGCUUUGGAGAAGAUUGGUUUUGCGUUAGGAAGAAAAAAGGGGGAAUAGAAAAUUCUCACGCUUACUUUACUCUUCAUCGAGGUCACGGGAUCAGAAUUCGUAGCUAAAACUGUGAUCCCAUUGUUUUGAUUUUGUGAUUACGCCUGCAAUGGACGAGUUUGGGGUAUUAACCGAAAGAUUUGGAUUGAAGCCGCAAGGAAAAUCGGCUCCAAUGGCUGCCUCAAAGACACCCACUACCUCAAAAUCCUUCCAGUCUCGGAAUUCCGGGUACAAUUCGAGUUUGAACGGCAAAUCCUCGUUCGAUUCUGGUUUUGUUGACGUAUCUUUUCAGAAAAACACUAAACCCGACAGUUACGGCGGGCUGGAUGAUUACAAUGAUCUUUUCGGGAGUCUCAAUCAUUCGACGAAAAAUUUGGGGAAUUCCGCUAGUGCUCCGUCUUCUUUUGGCUACGAUUCAAUAUUUUUUGAGCCGAAGAAUUCAGAUCCAGCCUAUGAUGAUGUAUUUGGUGGGAUUCCCGGAUUCAAGAGCUCGGUUACAGCAAAGACGGAGGAUCCGCUCCGAUCAUUCUCCUCUUCUUUGAAUCAAACUUCUCAGAUUGAUGAUUUGCUAGGUGAUUUUGGCAGCAAUGUGACUAAGACAACUACUCCGAAGCCGAACGGAUUAAAAAAUGCAGCAAAUAACGCAGCCCCUUUUGAUGAAUUGAUUUCUGGCUUUGGCAAUAGCAACUCUCGAAUUAAUAGAGCUAGCGUGCCAGACAAACUGUCCCAGCCAUCAACUUCUCAUACAACUAAAUCAACUUUCAGUUCAGCAAGAGAUCCUUUUAUAGAACUAGAAUCGACUUCACUCCCAUCUUAUAAUUCAUCUGAGGCUUUCUCAGAUCCCUUGGAGGAAAUUAGCAAGUUCAGUAAGUCUGGAAGCACAAAAUUUGACAGCUCAUCAAGCUCUUCCCCACCAUUCAGAAUUCCUCCAAUACCAAAGCCAGGUCAUAAGGCAGAUAAAGUUAAGAGCUUCUCUUCCUCUCCUAUUGAUGAAUUGGAGGAUUUUGCGAGGGGGAAUGUGCAGAAUAAUAGCAAUGAAGGGAAAGUCAAUGCUUCAACACGCACAGCGAAUAGAAAUAGUAAAGAUGCACAUGCUGCAGCAGUAAAUAAUCAAAAGACUGUAGAUGAUCUGGACUCCUUUUUCAAUGUGGGUUUUCGAUCAAAAAGUGUUCCAAGGUCACGAACAGCAACUGUGGAUCCUCUAUUUGACGUUCCUAAAUACAACAAACCACCUGAAAUACCCAAGGGAACUUCUUCAGGAGCCUCAUCCAACAUAAAAAAAUCUUCUUCUGCUGUAAAUCUCGUGGAUGACUUUGCAUCGGUUUUUGGAGAUGCUCCCUCAUUUGGACAUUUUGAAGAAGUUGAGGGAGAGAGUGAAGAAAGAAGAAGAGCUAGAUUGGGGCGUCUACAACGGACCCAAGAGCGUGCAGCAAGAGCAGUGGCUGAUUUGAAUCAGCGUGACUUUCAAACACAGCAUGAACAAGAAGAGAAGCGUAGGAUUGCUGAGUCUUUAGAUGCUGAUAUUAAGCGCUGGGCUGCAGGGAAGGAAGGCAACAUGCGUGCACUGUUAUCAUCAUUACAAUAUGUUCUCUGGUCCGAAUGUGGUUGGGAGCCAGUUUCAUUGACAGAUAUGAUUACUUCUACCUCAGUUAAAAAAGUUUAUAGGAAGGCAGUCUUGUGCAUCCAUCCGGAUAAGGUUCAACAGAAGGGUGCCAGUAUUGAACAGAAAUAUACUGCAGAGAAGGUUUUUGAUAUCCUUAAGGAAGCUUGGAAUAAAUUCAGCAAAGAGGAACUUUAGAGACACACCUUCAAUGAUUGUUUUCUUCAACGUCAACCACCAUGUCACUGUCAAAGUAUGAACAUCCUAAUUGGGGAGAGGAGACUAAAUAAACUAGCACAACAGGAAUCAUUUGCUUUCUGCAGGUCAGUCUUGAGAAUGUCUUGCAUUCGACAUGUUCUUGGAGAAAGAUAUGAAGGGUCGUGACUACUUGACAUUGGGGUAAUACCAGAAAUUUGUAUUUCAUAGGCUAAAAGAAAACAUAGUUUCAUACCCAAAUUAUAUUGUGGUUUACACGGUUUCACCAUACAAUAGAGCUGAGAAUCCUCUAAAUUUGCGCCAGAUUCAUUGCUUUUGUAGAGAGUUUUAUUUCUUUGAUUUUCCUCUUUCUUUCUCCUGGAAAGAUCUUUUUUAUCUGUCUUCUGUAAACUGUGUUUACUGAAGUGUACAUUCAACCAUUUGUAUUGUUUGCUGGCAAGAAUGUCCUUGAAUUGUGUAAUCAUGAUGAAUCUCUUCUAAACGAACUUUCACAUUCUUUUUA